AUGGAUCCGGACCCCGCUCUCAUCAUCCGCGGGGCAUCAUCCAUGCGCCGUAUCGACAAGCUCUUCAACUACAUUAGCCCGGUGACCCACCAGAUCCGCAUCGACGUCAACACCCCUCUGCAUCAAGCGUGCGACAUCGACGUACAGAUGCAGGCCGGGCUCAGGUGCCCCGAUGCCUUCCAGGUGUACAACCCCGAGGUCGUUCGACUCAAGGCGGAGGCGACGCAGGCCAUCUCGGAGGGCGCGCUCGCGCGGAUUUUGAAGUCGGAGAUCAAAGUGCUCGAGAAGAUCGAAAGGACCCGCCAGAGGAUCAUCGAUCUGGAGAAGAAGAUCAGCGCUCUGGAGCUGGACAUGGCGACGGGCGCCCACCAAGCUGCAAACCCAAACGACGAAGGCACCGUGCAGUUCGAGCAAGUGAUCUACACCCUGAGAGAUGGAGCUUCACAGCUUGCCUUCUGGAAGCUCAACCUGAAGUACUUACAGUCAAAGGAGGAGGCACUCGUGGAUUUCUUCAAAGCACUUUGUUCUGCAUAUAAUGAGCUCCUUGAGCAAGCAGAAGAAAAAUCCAAGUCUUGGAAGUUUAGCUUUAAACGUUCAAGAUGGAAAGUUGACUAUCCAUUAGUUGGCAUUAGGUGA